UUCGCCGUUAGUCACGUGAUUUAAAUGUUUAGUCUAAAUCUGUUACUUCCUCGUUGCGUGUAUAAAUAAAAAAAGGAAAUGGGAAAGACAUCGCCAUAAUUAUCUCUGAGAUGAGAGUCUGCCAGGGUUCCAGAGGAACGACAAGGAGAAUUUAAGCACAUCAUCACACAUUUUACAUCUUACCCAUGAGUAUGUGACAACCAGAAUGUUAUAAGCUAUGACGCUAUGGAAAUUUACUCCAUUUCCUGGAGUAUCUGAUGUCCAUACCAUCAACAGAAAAGGAAGGUGAGCAUUCUAGUCAGCAGCAAUCAUGCCUCAUGUGUGCCUGUUGUAUUCUUGGGAGGAUGGUCAGAGUUGGCAGAAAUAUUUUACAAAGUUGAUAAAUAAAUCUAAAGUGACACACGUAUCUCUCAGUGUGAAAGAAAACGACGAAGAUUUGGAAAAGGCGCUUGCAGAUUGUCAAGUAGUUGUGAUAUUAUUAACUGAGAAACUAGUGGAAUAUUUCCUGGUUCGUGGUCGUCCUGUUUGUAACCUGCUUAACGAGCAUCAGAGUGUCGCUGUGAUAUCAUGGCCCUCGUUAGAGGAAGACCUGUCAAAAUUGAAACUUGCGUUUUCGAACUCCUCUCGUUGGAAGGAACUUCUGAGUGAUGGAAGUAUAGAACAGUGUCAGAGAGUUGUCGCGGAACUGGCCGGAUUGGUUGAUGAACAAGAGAAGAGUAAGAAAAAGGUCAGACGGAAAAGAAACGUUUUGGAAAUAAUUCCGGAUAGAGUGCAUAAGUCCAACGAAAAAAUUGCUAUCAUCUUCCAUGAAGCACAGACAGGAACUGUUCAAAUCAAGUUACAGGGAGGAAACUACGUCGAUUGUCGCCGUAAAAAUGAUUACACGUACACGUUUAAGGCUCCGCUACAUGACUUCGGUGUGACGAAGCUCAGUGUGUAUGUAGACGCUAUUUCAGUCCAUCAAUGUCCCUUUACAUAUCAGACGCCAUCUCUCGAGGCUUUCCGAUCUAUCAGUUUCCUUGCCCAGACUCUGGGACUAAACAAAGACAAUAUGGAGGAAUUGGACCGGAAGCUAGUGGAUAUUUAUGAAUCUAGUGUGCCUACCGACCUCUCGCUUCACCAAGCUACUAAUGUCCAUUUGAUGUCAAACAAAGUGGGCAGGAGUGACUUUGGAAUUCCAACACUGCUUCACUUCGCUGCUCAGUACGGCCUGACGGAGCUGUGCUGUGCUGUUCUCGAUACCCCUGGAUCUUUAGCUGCCUUCCAUAUAGAAAACAAAGAUGGACUAGAUCCAGCACAGAUAGCUGAUAAAGAAGGCUUCCAGGAACUCGCCAGUUUUAUCAGAAUGUUUGUCGUUCAUAACGAAGAAAGUGCUUUUGAAUUUGAGGAGACGGCGGCAAUGAUAGAAGUAUCUGAUGAGAUUUACCUUACUAUGACAGGAGAACACCUGUACAAUAAUAGACAGGAAGUCGUCGAGGAUCAGGAGGACAAAGAGAGACAAGCGAAGUUACACACUAGUAAAUCCAAAAAGAAACUACCACCCAUUCCAAAGAAACAGCCUAAAUCACGAAUGCCUAAAUCUGUCAGCGAGCCGAUCAUAGAGGAGGAGAAUGAGGAGGAGAAACACGAGAGGAAGCGGAAGCAAUUACCACCCCCUCCUGGAGGUUUAUCCAGGUCAACCAGUGAUCAAACGAUCCAUGUCUCUGAAGAGGAAUCGACACGGCGGAAAAAAAGCAGCCCCCCGCCUGUUCACAAAAAACCUUUAAAAGGAAGUCGUUCUCCUACACCAGAGAGAAAGAUUGUGGAGUCGUCUUUGUCAUCUGCAGAAUUUAUGGGGAUGUCAGGAAAAGGAUUAAACAUUCCCAAAAGUCCAGGUAGUUUAGGAUCUUCAUCACUAGAUGAACUUAUUGAAAUCCAGAAAGGAGUAUCGGAGAAGGAGUUUUCUAUAGAGGAGGCAGAGCGGCUGUACAGCGCAUGGAGAGAGAGAAAUAGAAGCUUGAAAAUGUCUAUAAAGGAUCGUCAUAAAGGGCUGGAGGAGAUGAGGAGCACGUAUUCUGAGGCCAUCAUCCAGGCUAAAAGUAAAGCCCAAGCCGAGCGACGCUCCCUAUUUGACAGACUGAAGACUACAUUUGGCGGUCGAAAGUCUUCAAGGAGUGAAAUUACCCAACCUAAUAUCAAGCAUACAACAUAUGAAAGAGUGACGGACUGGGCCAACAACAGAGCUAGCACUCUCAGUUCCUCCAGUUCCGCUUCCGGGUCAUCACGUGACAGUAGAAUGAGUAUUAGCUCGCAGGACAGUUUGUACCACUCUACAGACAGCGAGAGUGAGGGGGACGUCCAAAGACGGGGAGAAAAAUCCACCACUGACGAGAGAGAGCAAAUUUAUAGAGGUCGAAUGUUCAACAAGCACUUAGAUGUGAAUCGAAGCAAGAUAUAUUCCAUGGAAAAGCGGUUGUCCUACAAAGACCACUACCUCCAACAGUCCAUAAGUGUGGAUCAGGAGGGCCCCCCUCCUAUCCCUCCCAGGUUAACGAAACCUAAAUGACGAACCCUAUCCGCUCCGUGAAGUGUCUACAUCAGUGAGAUGGACUUCGUAGAUAUAUAGAGAUUUUAUGUAGAAAAUGGAAGAUUACGUAGAAACGUGAUUAUUGACAGCAGCUUAUAAAACUGAAGAAGUUAUGACUACGUCAGUAUUUAAAUUCUGUGUGUACAUAUUCCUUUUCGUUUGGUAUCUGUGAUAGAAACAUUGAAAUCAAGUAAAUGUUUAUUUCCUUUCUAUUGUGUUAUAUAAGUAUAUAUUUUUUAAAAUUAUUAAAUACAAUAUCAUUGUA